AUGACGACUGUGGUAACUACAACUGAUUCUGAAGUAACAACACCAAUUAGUUAUGUAUCACGUUGGAUUGCUCAAAGUCAUGGAAAUUAUCAAAAGAAAUCUGAUGAAUAUUAUUCUUCAUCAUGUGAUUGUCAAAACUCAACAACAACAGCAAUACCUAUUGUUAAUAUAUCUACAAAUACAAAUUUUGAUUCUCAUACGACAACAUGGCACGCACAAGCAAAGUCACGCUUGGAUAACACAACUACUACAAUGACUUCAGAUUCAUUAUUAAAUACAUCGAAUAAUAUUAAUAAUAAUGAAUUACAAGAAAAAUUAAAUCGUGUCAGAGCUUUACUUGAUGCUAAAAGACAACGUUUAUGUCGUCAUGUAUCGUCCGCGUCAACUUCAUCCUCAACAACAACUAUUCCUCUUGUUACACUUCCUUUACAGGAUCAAGUGCAUAAUUCUACAACAGUAGGAGAUCAAUCAUCAUCUCCUCCUCUUCCUACAUCUUCACCUCUAGCACUUGAGAAUGUUUAUCAUCAUCCGCACGACGAAUCUUUAUCGUCGUCAAAUUCAACUUAUGUUUAUAAUUCUUGUCAUCAUCAUCAUCAUCAUCAUCAUUCAUUACCAUCAAUAUUGCCAUGUCUUAUGGAAGAAUCACCAAGUGAUUCUGGUUUAAGUGAUGGAACAAAAACAACGAAUCAUGAUGAUAUUAAUGAAUCAACUAGUAAAAAUGCAGCUAUCAUUGAUUUAAGUAAACCAUUAAGCAAAGAAGAAAUGCUUGCUAUUAUACAAAUUAUACGAGAAUUAUGGAAAAAACAAUUCGAUUGCGAAAUGCCUGAUAUACAAAUAAAAUCAACAUUACCAACAACAUCAUUUAAACAUAUAGGAGAAAUGUCAAAUUUAGCAAAUAACAAUAAAACUCAAUAUCAUUCAACACCAGCAUUAAAUAAAUUAACUGCAGAAUUAAAUGAUAUUAAAGAUAAAUUAAAACGAUUUUCAACAGACCGUCAACAACAACAACAACCUUUAACAGAUAUGAAAUCAACUGAAUUCGAAAAUAAUCACUUAGAUAUUGAUGAUAAUCUAUGUUAUGAAGAUCCAAUUUUUGUUUCGCUUGAUACAUCACUCACUAUACAAGAUCUUGAACGAAUGCAAGCAAAAAAAGAUGAUCUACUUCGUCGACAAAAUCAACGUCGUGAAGAACAAUUAAUGAAAAAACAAGAACGACAAGCAGAAUCAGCUGAACGUUAUGAUGAAUAUCGUUUAUUUGAAGAAUAUUUAUCUCAACGACGGCAAGAAGAUGAUCAACGUCGUACAAAUAUUUUACAAGCACAUAUUGAACAAAAACGUUUCGAAACUGAUCCAUUAUUAUCAAAUGAUUAUUAUUUUGCUGCAGCUCGUAAUCGUAAUCGUUUAAAACGAAAAUCUUCAAUAUCAUCAUUUCUUUCAUUUGAUGAUGAACUUACUUAUAAUGGUUUACUAAAUUUCAUGCAAACACCUAAACGUAGUAUGACACGUUUUGAUUUAAUGUCACCUAGUUUAACAGCACCAACAGCUGCAUCAAAAUCAAAAAUGAAUCGAGCUGCAAGUAUUUGUAAUAUUAAUGGACAUUAUGAGUCAUUUACAUCAUUAAACUCAAAAACUACAAUGCCAACAAAUUUAUUUGGUGGAAGUUUAAUGAAUCUUUCGAAAGUACAAACACCUAAAAGACAAUCAUUAAAUUUAAUCGAUGAUACAUUUGAGGAUUCACAAUUUAGUGCAUCAAUGACAUCAUUAGCUACAUCAGUAACAGGAGGAGCACGUCUAGCUCGAAGUCAAACAUUAUUAUCAACGAAAUCGAAUAAGCAAGCAAUACUUAAUUCACUUAAACAAGUUGCACUUGCUGGUCCAGCUAAUGAAAGACAGCGUCAAAUUAUUAUUCGAGAAAUUGAAUUGAGUGAAGCUCGUCAUUUUGUUCUUCUAUUUCGUGAUCAUCGUCUUCAAUUUCGUGCUGUUUAUAUGUAUAUACCAGAAACUGAUAUCAUUGAAAAAUUAUAUGGUAUUGGACCGAAUAUCAUCACAGAAAUUAUGGUUGAUAAAUGGUUUAAAUACAAUUCAGGAAGUAAACGUUUUACUAAUAUACCAAUAAAACAUUUUUCUAUACAAUGUGAUGCUAUUAUUAUUCAUAAUGACUUUUGGCAUAAAAAACUGAUUACGAAUAUGAAUAAAAUACAUUAA